GCUGCCGAGGAAUAAUAUAGAAUAUAGAAAAGGAAACUUGACCAAAAGAUUUGAAUAAACUCCUUCUGUGGUAGUUGAAAGCAAUGGAUGAGCUUCCGGAACUCUAUGCUAUUUUCCAAGGAGAGAUUGCUUCUGUGACAGAAUAUGGAGCAUUUAUAAAAAUUCCAGGAACCCAAAAACAAGGUUUGAUUAAUUAUAUGGUGAUUAUUUGGUUGACAUUCUUUUGUUAUGAUUGUUAUAACCUCAACAUCAAUUUUUGUCCUGGGUAUCUGGGAAUGAAACAAAAAUCAAAAUGUAUUGCCUUAUGUUUUCAGAAGAAAGAUGACAAAUUGAAACUAUCUCUUUCCAUGAAAGUUGUUAACCAAGGAACUGGGAAGGACUUAGACCCCAAUAAUAUUGUCCUUGAUCAAGAGGCACGGAAAAAAUGCUCCUUUAGAGAUUAUACCAGUCAAAAGAUCACUCUAGAAGCUGUUUUGAACACUGUGUGUAAGAAGUGUGGUUGUCCAGGUCAUUUCGCCAAAGAUUGCUUCAUGCAGCCAGGAGGGACAAAAUACACCCUUAUACCAGAGGAUGAACCCGUCCCUGCAGAAGAUGAAAAGAAAGCUCACCACUCUAUGAAGAAAAGGAAAAAGGAUAAAAAGAAAAAAAGGAAACGUAAGAACACAGACUUGGAGGCUUCUGACAACACCAAUUCCGACAAUGGGAAUCAGCCAGCUCGGAAGAAGGCAAAAUGCAAGGAAAAAGCCAGUCCAUCUCGGAAAAGUAAAAAGAAGCAUCAUAAGAAAAAGCACAAGGAAUGAGAAUGAGACUCGGACGCUGGGCUGCAUGUGUUUUCAAUGCAGAGUGUGACUUCCAUUCCCUCUGGUCAUCAGUUGGAAAAAAGAACAACUGGACCAGCAGGAUGCAUUAAGAUAACAUGGUUUUUCCUUCUUUGAAAAUUACUUUUGUUUCUCAAGGAUUAUCACAAGGAUGGCUAUUCCCCUCCCAUAAAGUGGAAAGGAAGGAGCAGCCAGCAUGCCACUGGGUGGUUCCUUGUCCCAGAUGUUGACUUCAUAUCUUGUGAAAUCUUACUCCGUUCUUUCAUUUCCUCAUGCCUGGAUUUUAGCCAGCUUCUUUUGGAGCAACCUAGAGCCAUCUUGCAGAAACUUGUAUGGAGCUGGCAGUCGGUACAUUUCCUCACUCGGGAGCAGCGAUGUGUUGACUCAGCAUCUGCCAGUUAUUGCCUGCCUACCAGCAGAAGGAACUGUGAAUGGUGCACUCUCUCUCCCCUGAGAGAGACACAUUGGUUGAAGAACAGGUCAUGCUACUGCACUCCCAUUGUCCCAUUUGUCCUGUAAUACCGUAGGAGGAAGAAGUCAGGUACAGGAGCAGUCGUCUUAAAAACCGAGAAAUGAGCCACAUGUUUACCUUUGAACAAUGAAUAAAGUUUUAGUUUGUGGGGUU